AUGCAGGCAGCGGCUGGAAAGAGAGCCAGGGGAAAGGAGGCAGGGAGGGGAGAGGAGGGAGGGGGAGGGGAGAAAGGAAGGGAAGAGGAGGGAGGGGGAGGGGAGGGAGGAAGGGGAGAGGAGGCUGCACAGUUUAUGCAGGAUGCAGGGGAAGGGAGGCAAUCAGGGGAAGGAGGAGGGAAGCAACAAGAGGAAGGUGGAACGGAGCAGCAAGAGGAGGUGCUGUGGACAGCAGAGUCAGAGGCCAUGUACUUGCCAUUUGGAGCCGCUCCCCGCAUGUGCAUCGGUGCUCGAUGUGAUUCCUCUCGACGAUCGACCAAGGGUGAAGGGGAAGGUGGAACAGAGCAGCAAGAGGAGGUGCUGCGUACGGCAGAAUCAGAGGCCAUGUACUUGCCUUUUGGAGCCGGUCCCCGCAUGUGCAUCGGGGAAGGAGGAGGGAAGCAACAAGAGGAAGGUGGAACGGAGCAGCAAGAGGAGGUGCUGUGGACAGCAGAGUCAGAGGCCAUGUACUUGCCAUUUGGAGCCGCUCCCCGCAUGUGCAUCGGUGCUCGAUGUGAUUCCUCUCGACGAUCGACCAAGGGUGAAGGGGAAGGUGGAACAGAGCAGCAAGAGGAGGUGCUGCGUACGGCAGAAUCAGAGGCCAUGUACUUGCCUUUUGGAGCCGGUCCCCGCAUGUGCAUCGGUGCUCGAUUCGCCUUGAUGGGGAUCAAACUCUGCCUCGUGCUGCUGCUGCGGGUAUUCGACAUCUCGUCUGCAACUGAUGCCAAUGCUUUGAAACUCCUCAACACUAGCAAUACUGGAGUUAAAGGAAAGGGGAGAGGGAUACAGGGGGGGAGUGAGGAAGCAGAGGAGGGCACAAGACAAGGGCCAGGAAUGCAGCAACCGAGCGCAUCCACCACGGCGAUGCCCUUAUAUAAGGCUGGGAAUGCAGCAACCGAGCGCAUCCACGACGGCGAUGCCCUUUCUCGGUCCAUCAUUGAUGGUUUCCUUGAUGACCUUACUCUCAUCGAUUUCAGUUUCCCCGACCACCUAUGUGGCACAUGGCACCACAACUACACUCGCAUGCACCAUCAAAUCCGGGCAGCCAGCAAAAAUCCCUCUGGCGACCCCCCGCCCGACGCGCCGCCCGUGAAAUUUCUCACCUUUGACGGCCUCAGCCACUGCGACAGCCUCGGGGAGACCCUCAUGGGGCUGACGUCAGCGUUCACUGUAGCUCUCCUCACUAACAGAGCCUUCGUUAUGAAGCACCCGUGCAUCCCCAUGGCGUUUGAACCAGCGCUGAUCGACUGGCAGCCCACAGAGGACGUGGGAUUCGAGCCGGUCAGAAACGAAACUUUUCCGUUGGACCCUCCGAACAGGGAAGUCAAGCCUCCAAUAGGAGCAACUGACAUAGUGGAAAUUAACCUGGAAUUACAUCCCGAGGCGCACCCGGAAAAGGUGUUUCCCCAGGUGGAAGCUGCGAGGAACCUGCGUGUGGUGUGGAAUAAGGAUCUGCUGGUGCAUAUGCUGAAGGGGGCGAAUGAGUCAGUGUGGGGAGGGAGACUCAAAGACAUGGGUGUCAGUAUCCCGUACGCUUUCGGCUGCUUUGUGCGAUACCUGCUGAGGCCCAAGCCGGAGGUGUGGCACAGGAUGCAGCCGUUUGAGAAGCAGCUGAGGGGCGACAAGGUGGUGAGCAUCGGCCUGCAUGUGCGGCACUUCGGCCGCGGACCCCUCCCUCCGAACACCACCAUCAGCUCGGGCGAGCUGCGGAGGGCUAUGAAUGACAUCGUGUGGCCCGCCAUAAAAUGCGCCAAGGAUGUGGAAAACUGGUGGUACCCGCCAUUCCUCAAGGUGAAGUGGCUCGUUAUUAGCGACUCGCUGCAACUCAAACAGAAGGCGGCCAUAGUGAACGAGUCCAAGAUCAUGAUCACCGAAUUCGACCCGUGGGUCCCGCCCUCCCUCCUCAACAUCAGCCAAAGUCCGCCACCCGCGCCCGCUCCCUCCUCCGACCCUUCUUCUGAUCCCACCACCACCACCACCACCACCACCACCGCAACUCCAGAGGGUUCCCCUCUCUCUGAUAUCCCCUCUGUUCAAACCUUCCAAGAGACAUCUCGGGCCAUUAUCGAUGCUUUCCCUGAUGUCCCCACUCUCAUCGAUUUCGGGUUCCCCGACCAUCUGUGCGGGACAUGGCACCACAACUACACUCGCAUGCACCAGCAAAUUCGGGCAGCCAGCAAAAAUCCAUCCUCUGCCCCGCCGCCCGACACGCCGCCCGUGAAAUUUCUCACCUUUGACGGCCUCAGCCACUGCGACAGCCUCGGGGAGACCCUCAUGGGGCUGACGUCAGCAUUCACUGUAGCUCUCCUCACUAACAGGGCCUUCGUUAUAAAGCACCCGUGCAUCCCCAUGGCGUUUGAACCGGCGAUGAUCGACUGGCAACCCACAGAGGACGUGGGAUUCGAGCCGGUCAGAAACGAAACUUUUCCGUUGGACCCUCCUGACCGGGCGGUCACGCCGCCAAUAGGAGCAAGUGAUAUAGUAGAGAUCAAUUUGGAAAUGCACCCUGAGGCGCACCCCGAAAAGGUGUUUCCGAAGGUGGAAGCUGCGAGGAACCUGCGUGUGGUGUGGAAUAAGGACCUGCUGGUGCAUAUGCUGAAGGGGGCGAAUGAGUCGGUGUGGGGGGGAAGACUCAGGAGCAUGGGCGUGCGAAUUCCAUACGCUUUCGGCUGCUUCAUUCGAUACCUGCUGAGGCCCAAACCAGAGGUGUGGCACAGGAUGCAGCCGUUUGAGAAGCAGCUGAGGGGCGACAAGGUGGUGAGCAUCGGCAUGCACGUCAGGCAAUUCGGCCGCGGCCCCCCCCCGUCCAACACCACUAUCAGCCCGGAAGAAGUGAAGCAAGUCAUGGACGACGUCGUGUGGCCCGCCAUUGAGUGUGCCAAGCCCGGAGGAAGUGAAGCAAGUCAUGGACGACGUCGUGUGGCCCGCCAUUGA